AUGUCGAUGCCAGAACCGCCUCCACGCAUCUCGGAACCUCAACCGCGACCAGUUUUCAUAUAUGGGAUCCUGCGCUCCUUACCCCUACUGACAGCGGUAUUGACGGGAGGCGCAACGGACAUUUCAUUAGUAUCAGAGCUGGUACGGCCAGGGAGAAUCUACGGCUAUGGACAAUUUUUGCUGAGAAACAACAUCGACAUCCCAGCACUUGUCGAGCGCGACUGGGCGUCAUCGGUGGAUGGUUACCUACUUGAAGUAGAAACAGCCAGUCAGCGAAAAGCUUUGGAUGAUUUCAAGGGCGAGAAAUAUUACGUGAUAGAGCGCGUUGUCGUUACCACCUUGGACGGUAAACUCCCAAGAGCCUUUGAAGCCGACGUUUAUCUUUGGGCUGGUAACGAGUAUGAAGUAACAUCUAUUCCGUGGAACUUCGAGGAUUUCGAAACGAGAAGUUUAGGAAAUUGGUUACGACUAUGUCGGGGGGAGCUAGGAGAUUUUGAGAGGGUAGAUGAAAAGGGCAUGAGUUAUUCGGAUAAACCACUUCACGAGAUGUUCUGGCAGGCUGUGGAUGGAGUGACAAACGGCUGUUUGUGGUCGAGUGCAAAAGAGUUAAACUACUGGGGCUUUCUAUUGACUGGCACGUGA